CUCUCUCUCUCUCUCUCCGCGACAUUUUUAUAAGAUUUUUCAUAUCUUUUUAAAUUCCUUGGAAAGCCCUUUGCUUAUCCGCAAAUGCCCCAAUGCCCAACCCAUACACUCAUAAAAUAGCUUCUCACCACCACCAUUACCAAGCUCAACAGAGAACAAGAGAGAGAUAGAGAGACAGCUAUAGCAUAGAGCUACCUAUCUAAGAGAGAAAAAGUGAGACUUUUAGACCAGAAACACAGAGAGACUGAAGAAGAUGUCGAAGGAAGUGAUUGAAGAGGGACAAACCCACCACCACGGCAAAGACUACGUGGACCCACCACCAGCACCACUCAUCGACUUGGCCGAGAUCAAGCUAUGGUCUUUCUACAGAGCACUCAUAGCCGAGUUCAUCGCCACCCUCCUCUUCCUCUACGUCACCGUCGCCACUGUCAUCGGCUACAAGAAGCAGACCGGCCCGUGCGACGGUGUGGGCCUCUUGGGUAUCGCUUGGGCCUUCGGCGGCAUGAUCUUCAUCCUCGUCUACUGCACCGCCGGCAUCUCAGGUGGUCAUAUUAACCCGGCGGUGACGUUUGGGCUGUUCUUGGCGAGGAAGGUGUCUCUGAUCAGAGCAGUGGCUUACAUGGUAGCACAGUGUUUGGGUGCUAUUUGUGGUGUUGGAUUAGUGAAGGCUUUCAUGAAGCACGACUACAACUCACUAGGUGGCGGUACUAACUCUGUGGCUCAUGGGUACAACGUGGGCACAGCUCUUGGUGCUGAGAUUAUUGGAACUUUUGUGCUGGUUUACACUGUCUUCUCAGCUACUGACCCUAAGAGGAGUGCACGUGACUCUCACGUGCCUGUUUUGGCUCCUCUUCCUAUUGGGUUUGCUGUGUUCAUGGUUCAUUUGGCCACCAUCCCCAUCACGGGGACUGGUAUCAACCCAGCUAGGAGCUUUGGUGCUGCUGUUAUCUACAACAACGGCAAAAUCUGGGAUGAUCAUUGGAUCUUCUGGGUUGGACCAUUUGUGGGAGCAUUGGCCGCAGCUGUAUAUCACCAGUACAUUUUGAGGGCUGCAGCUAUUAAAGCUUUGGGAUCAUUCCGCAGCAACCCCACCAACUAAGCAACACCACCAACAGAACCCCCCCCAACUACAAAAAAAAUUGCAUUGUCUGUCCAAUUCUCUGAUUUGUUUGUUUGCUUCUUCUGUGUGUAUGAGAUGAAUAUUUAUGAGCCCUUCUUUCUCUUUUAUGUUUUUUUUUUCCACUUUUAUUUCUUCUUGUAAUUUAGUGUUCUGUUACUAGAGUUGGUUGUGUAUUUAUUUGGUAAUUAGUAUAUGAGUAGUGCUGGUGGUGUUGUUUCUUUCAA